AUGACCGCGAUGAUCCGCGCCAUCUGGCCCUCCUACCUCGACAUUACAAAUCACGUUCAAGCAUCCGCGGGCAUCACAACUCAGGGAUUGAUGCCCCGCGUCCUCUUCUGGUCUGUCCAGAUCACGAUCCAGGCUCCAGCUGCCCCCACCGCACAAUCUGCGCUGGCGCUUCGUCGUGAAAGCCUCCAUCAUCAUCACCACGACCGCGACGGGAAUGGCAAUCGGCAUGAGCGGCAUGGUCAAUGGCACUGGGAUAUCUGGGACAAACAAUUCACCGUGUCGUCCGCCACCAAGUUGACCGUGGCGACCAACGUGGUGGACUUGGAGAGGGUCAUGAACAAGCCCAAGGGCGUCUACUGGCAAGUGCUUCCCGUGCCGCUGAACCCGACCGUGUUCCGCGUCUUCGGCAUCAUGGGCACCUCCUGCGCCACGGAAGUGGUCUUUUUCGUCGGCGCUCACUGGAGCGACGCGCGGAUCGGGAACAACCUCUCCUCCAACAUUAUCUCGUGCGCCAAUGACACGACCAGUCAGUAUCCCAGUUGGGUCAGCAUCCGCCGCGGCGUCACCACAAUCAUCACCAUUACCUCCCGCCGGAUCAUGGUGCCCUUGAAGAUCUUUCAGCUCAGCGCACUCGCUGUGGUAGCCAAUGUUGGGAUCACAUGA